AUGACCUCCAACCAUUUCACCUCCCAGCCGGAAGUCAGUCCACCUUUUCGUUCGCCGGAAGAUCCAGUGAAGAGGACAGAUCCGCGUACAGAAAGCACCGGCAGCGUGUCGGUGACCUCGCCUGAGAAGAAAAGAAAACAGAGAAGGAAGAUGUCGAAUUCCGUUGAGGUUGGGAGCUCGAAAUCGAAGCAAGGAGAAGCAAAGUGGUCUGCAGAGAAUGAAUAUCGGCUAAUAUCAUUGAUGCUGGACCAAAUUAUCCUGGGCAAUUGCACAGGCCAGAAAUUCAAAACAUGUCAUUGGAUGGAAAUCCAGAAACAACUGAACAACGCGUGUGGUCCGGAACAGGCAUAUGAGAUAACACAAAUCACGAGUAAGCAUGACCGUUUGAAAGUGCAGUGGCGUCGGUUCCACACAAUGCUUACUACAGAAACCGGCUUUGGUUGGGAAUCUUCGACAGGGAAGAUCACUGGUGGCGAAGAUGUUUGGGGCAGGUGGAUCACAGGUCAUCCAAAGGACGGGGAGAUGAAGAAAAAAGUUUGCUUGCACUACCGCGAGCUUACCACUAUUUUCCUUGGGACAACUGCAACUGGCAGCAGAGCACGGGCAUCUACCCAAACUCCUGAGGGAAUGUGCACGGGUCGGAGAAUGAAGUCGCCUAUAACUCCCACUUACUUGUUCCCUGAUGAGUUGAGUGACGAGCCAAUGAACUCCCCAGAGGGUAAUAGGGCGAUCCGUCGGCGUAAAGGGGCCACUUCCACCUUCGACACGGCCAUGAAUUCCAUAACAGAAACAAGCCGCAUUAUCCAACAACACGCUCAGCCGGAAGCAGAUCAAGUGAACCUCCAAAAAGCUUUGAGAGAGUUGGAGUCCAUGUCUAAUGUCCCUGUGCCAGUGAGGAAGGUAGCAUGGAAGAAGUUUCGGGACCCGAUGAGCUUGUACACGUUUCUUGGCCUCGAAAUGGAAGAAAACAAACGUGCGCUUCUAGACAUGUGGAUGGAUGACGGGGCAUUUUAG